CCAGCUGCCCGCGCCUCCCGCGCGCUCCCUGCCCUUUCUUCUCCCCGCCAGGUCCGAGCCCUGGCGAGAGCCGAGCUGAGCAUGGGCCCGGCAGCGGCGGAGGCUCGGUGAGGCGGCCGCGCUGGGCUGCCGCCUCCUUCUGGCCCCAGCGCGCCGAGAGGCUGCGCUCGACGAUGGAGCCCUAGCAGCGCCAGCGCCGCCACACCCACCCGGGGAAGAUGGAGCUGGGGGGCGCCCCGUCCGGGGGCCCCUGCCCGGAGAUGUUGCAAGUGGCCGAGGAGGCUUUCCGCGGCGGGCAGUUCGCGCUGGCGGCCGAGAUCCUCGGCUCGCAGCUGGCCGAGCUGCCCCAGCCCGAGCGAGGCCUCCUCCUCCGCCAAGGGGAUGCGCUGGCCCGCGCGGGGCGCAUGGCCGAAGCGCUGGAGUCCUACAGCGCUGCCGCCCGGCUGGCUCGCCUGCGGCCCGAGGAGCUGCGGGAGCUGGCCGAGAGCUUCGCCCUCACCAUCCGCGAGAAGGAGCUGCGGCUGCCUGCGCGGCCGGGGCCCGGAGGGGGCGGCUACGCCGAGGGGGGCGACCCGCUGGGGGACCCUGCCUGCUGCCGUCCUCCCGAACUGCUGGGCUGCCCUUUGUGUCUGCGGCUGCUCUGUGAGCCGGUGACUUUGCACUGCGGGCACACCCACUGCAAGCGCUGCGCCCUCCACGGGGGAGCCGAGUGCGCCCGCUGCGCUGCCCGGCGGCCGGCCCCGGGCUCCGGCACGGCGGCGCAACCUCCCGCCUGUCUCCGCGUCAACGUGGUCCUGGGCAGUUUGCUGGAGAAAUGGUUCCCGGACGAGAGCAGAGCGCGCCGGCUGUGCGCCGAAGGGGACGCCUUGUGGGAGAGGCAAGAGCUGGCGGUCGCGCUGGAGAAGUACAACGAGGCCCUGGAACUGGCUUCCUGUAAAUGUUCAUUAAUAGCACAACGGGCAGAACUCUGUACAUCUAUGAAGAAUUAUCAACAAGCCCUUUAUGAUGCGGAGGCCCUGUGCCGAAAUAAGCCCCACUGGCCUAAGGGUCAUUAUGUGAAAGCACAAGCUCUUUCUGGAUUAGGAAGGAUUGAAGAAGCAUUGAAGGAGUUUCUUUAUUGUGUUGCCUUAAAUCCUGAAUGGAGCUCAAUGAAGAUGGAGGCCCAGAAGAUAAUGUGUGAGAUGUUUUUUCCAGCCUUUGAAAAUGUGCAUGAUAGUCUAACAGCUCCUUUUUGCAAUCGGACCUCUUAUACAAGGUUAAAACCUGCGUUUCUAAGUAGCAUUAAUACACAGUCUUCUGCAGAGGAUGUACUAGCUGAAGAGAGCUCAAAAGAGACUAUCUUGAGGAUAACAAAAACCCCAUCCCAAGAGACUGGUGUAUUUCGAAAUACUGAUUCUUCCAUUUCCCACCAUAUACUGGAUUUGUAUUUUGAAGAUAAAAAAACUCUGGGAACAGUUCUCUCUAAUCUACCUGGUGCAAGCUUAAAAAGAAAGUUCUCUAGUGAUGUGAGAGAUAUACAGAACUUAGAUGUCCCUAGCAAAAUUCCUAGAAAAGAUGGGAAUUCCACCUGUGCAAACUCCGCUGCUCUUCCCUUAAAAGUGAUACCUGCAAACCUUGUGGAUGCAUCUGACUUUGAGUGUUCCCUCUGUAUGAGGUUAUUUUAUGAGCCUGUCGCUACUCGUUGUGGACACACAUUCUGCCUCAAAUGCCUUGAACGUUGUAUGGACCAUAAUCCUCACUGUCCUCUCUGUAAGGAAGAACUCUCUGAGUUUUUGGCAAGCAGAACUUAUAAAAAAACCAUCCUUACUGAAGAGUUGAUAGUUCGUUAUUUGCCAGAAGAGUUGUCUGAAAGGAAGAAAGUUUACGACGAAGAAAUGAAGGAAUUAUCAAAUUUGAAUAAAGAUGUUCCUAUCUUUGUGUGUACAAUGGCUUUCCCUACCAUCCCCUGCCCUCUUCAUGUCUUUGAACCUCGUUACCGGUUAAUGAUAAGAAGAUGCAUGGAAACUGGGACCAAGCAGUUCGGCAUGUGCUUAGCAGAUGAAUUGAAAGGGUUUGCUGAUUAUGGCUGCAUGCUAGAGGUCAGGGAUGUGAAAUUUUUCCCUGAUGGUCGCUCAGUUGUUGAUACAGUUGGUGUUCGGCGUUUCAGAGUCCUGAGCCAUGGUCAACGAGAUGGGUAUAAUACUGCAAACAUUGAGUAUCUGGAAGAUAAAAAGGUUGAAGGAGCAGAGUAUGAAGAACUUGUCCGCCUUCAUGAUUCUGUUUACGAUCAAGCUGUUGCAUGGUUUACAUCUCUUAAGGACAAUAUGAAAGCGCAAAUUUUAAACCACUUUGGAUCAAUGCCAGGAAAAGAACCUGAGCCACAGAGCAGUCCCAGUGGUCCAGCCUGGUAUUGGUGGCUGUUAGCAGUAUUGCCGCUAGAGAACAGGGCCCAGUUGGCCAUUCUCGCCAUGACUUCACUUAAAGACCGGCUUAUUGCUAUACGACGUGUAUUAAUAUUUGUGACGCGCAAAAGACCCAGAUGACAUCGCCUUAUUUGUAACUGGACACUGCAGCCAACUUGUUGCAAAUGCGAGUUUAAAUGAAAGAACAAUUAUUCCUGCUAGUGACUCUGACCUGCUUAUCUUGGCAUUCACCAUCCUUUGCACUCUCUCUGUCCAGUAGUUACUCAAGCACUCCGUGCCUAUCGUCCUGAAGAAAUCUGAGCCUCUUGGAAGUUGUGCCACAAUUACAACAUAGCAAACAGUGGUUGUAGGCAGCAGCUUGAAAAUAACACAACUGUCUUCUUGUCACAGUGAGAUGACUGAGGAGCCCUAAAUUGUCACCAAAGCCCUAAUGAGACAAACUCAGAGCAGAUUAGAAACUGAAAAAAAUAUGCAUUAUUAGAAUAUGCCUGAUAGCAAGGGAAAUUCCUCAGACUGAAAGAAGAAUGCCAGAAAAGGCAAUGGCAACUAAAUGAACAGGACAAUCUUUCCAUCUGUAGCCUCUUGACAAUGCUUGAUGCAUGAAGCAAAUAGGGUUUUCCUGGUCAAAACGUUCCCAUCUGAGGAUUGUGUAUCCAGAAGAGUAGCUGUGGCUGGUAGAAUAAUGUAAUCCUUUGUGUUUUGUAAUUUGCAUGCUGUGUGUAAUGGGAAGAAUGUUUAAAUAUAUAUAUAUAGGAAGGUGCCCCCCCUCAAAAAUAUCAGAACAACCUCAGGCACACUGUGUUACAAAAUGGGGAAAAAAAUAUCUAGAGUCUGGCCAGACCUCAGUGGUUAUGACACAGGGCCCUGUGGAUAUGAGGAUCCCAUUAUCUGCUAUGGAUGAUGGAAUUUUGUGGGUACACAGGAUGCUUUUCUUUGCCAUUGUAUCACUUGAGCAUAUCAGGCUGCAAUGGCUGGAUUGUGGCCAGUGUGUUUAGCAUAUAUAUACUCUGUUUUAGGAUCUUCUGUGGUUAGUUCAUUAGAAAGGCUGUUGAGAAAUAGAAUUUGUUACUUCAAAUUAUCCUACAUGUUCAUUCAAGACAGGCGAGAUUCUGUUUAUGUGUACACGUAACUGCCAGACCAGCCUGUUAUACUGGAACAAUGUUAGCACAUUUUUUUAAACCAAAACUUUAAUAUUCCUCUAUGUACCGACCACUGUCUGUGCUUGGAGUCUUUUUGUCCUUGGUGACAACAGGAACGGAGGCACAAACUGAACCCUGUAAAGGCAAAUAUCAAUGCAAGCUUAAACCAGGUGUUACCUUCAAUUUGUUGUUGGUUUUGUAAAUAUUUCUUGUACUUUGAUGUUUUAGUACCUAUUGUUGAUGACUUCUAAAAAUGGACAGGCAACCCUUUAGAAAAAAAAUAGCAAGUGUGAAAUAACAAAACAAUGCAAGUAUCAGAGAUCUUUAAGUUGAAGAAAUAGUUAUAUUCUUGGGAGAGAGAAUGAAGCGUGUUCAAAUCUCAAAACGUACGAAUGGAAGGCAAAAUAAAACAUUGGCACGUGUGCAAAUAAUUUGGCACGGUGAAAAUAGUGGCAAUACCAAAAUAUUUUAAAAGUGCCUCCUUUUUAAAUUAUAAAAAGAACAUUCUCUUUAGACAAGGUGUGACCACUUUCACAUGAAUUCAGGAAGAAAUGUUUAAAAAUCAUGUAACUGUAAUCUUGGGUAUUGUAAUUGUAGUCUUCUUGAGUGGUAAAAAAUAUUUAGUCAGAAGCUGCCAGAUGUGAUUUCCUCAGAACUGAUCAACACACCCUGAAUGUACUGUAGUUGCCUCUACCUUGAAUUAGCCUUUUGUAGUGAAGCAACAACCUCUGACUACUCUUUUCAUUGCAAAUUGCUUAACUUGCAACCAGUGAUCUCUACCAUAGCCUUCCUGCAAGUUCUGCUACCUUUUCCAGAGUUUGUAGAUACGUGGUGGUGUUUGUUUUUUCUUCAAGUAUUUUUUAGCGAGCAUUAAAGCCAGAAAAAGGGAGGUAUUGGGGUGUAUUCCCUUCUAUUCGCUACCUAGGUGCUAUCACUCUUUCCCCACCACCACCGUCUUCCAGUUGAUCCACUGGACUUCAAAAGCUUCCAAAGUUAACUAAGCAAGCCCUCAUUAAUUUUUGGCAGGGAACUUGGAACAUCUUCAUGACUUUUCACAAUGCUUUUUGACUGUUUGUUUAAAACAUUUUUAACCACUUCCAUAUGCAACUCAAACCAUUUUUCCUGUCUUUUUUUCUAUGAAUGGAUGAAACAACUGAGAAUUGGUGUAUAACUAAGGAACUAUUUUGUUCCAGUAUUAGUUCAGCAUUUUCCACUCUCUUAGAUUCUGUUCCCUACGGUGCAGGACUUUUUCCAGCAGUCUUAAGCAUGUUGUUAGUCCUUAAAAUCAAGAUCAAGUUGUCUGCUCUUUUAACAACCUUACGGUCAAGUGAGCAGAUGUCUUAAUUAAGGUACAUGAUGAAAGAUGAUUGGCUGGACAGUUUGGGAGAAUUGGGGUAGGUGUCUGUAGUCUGAAAACUUUUCAGAAAAACAUAGAAGACAUAUUUCAUUGAAUAUGGUAGGGUGGAGAAGGCAUUCCAGCCUCCCUUAAUAAAAAGCAAACUUGCAUGAACUUAAAUUUCCAUCACAGGCCAGCUCUGAGACUUCCAAAUAAUAGGUGUAUUUGAAGUUUAGUCAUCUUUUGAACUUCACAGACCUAUACCACUUGUUUGCUACUGUGGCCUUUUAUCAGCUACUUCUAACUGUCCUUCUUUUCAGUCAUGGAGAUUUUGUUACUCCAUUGAGCUGAUAAUCAGCAGAUAAUCUGUUUCUCCUUUGGCUUGUGCUGCAGUUAAUUUUCAAAAAGAAUAAAUGGCAAGGGGGUUUAGAAAGCUGUGUGCUCUGGUCAUGCAGUAUCUAAGGUAUCUGAAGGUCUAGUGUUUGGUAGCGCCUUAAUUUUGCAGCUCUGGAAUGAUUGUAUCAACAAAACAACGCAAAACCGGAUCUGGGGCUUGUGACCGGGUUGUUGAUGUGGUGUGUGUGUGUGUGUGUGUGUGUGUGUAAGUACAUUUUGUGUAGAUAAAACUUGAAACAAAAUCCUCAUCUUGUUUUUGAAGCUAGUUGAAGUGUGUGUAUGUGUACAUAUGUAUAAAUAUAAAUUAUAAAUCCGCGCCUUUUUGUACUUUAGUGACAACAAAAACAAAACAGAUUUGUGUUACACAACCAUGUUUGGCAUUUCUUGGUCUCUAAAAUGAAGCCAAACUUUUUUUUUAAUUUUGCUGCAAUGUUCAUUUCAUGUAUAUUUGGAAUAUUCAUGGGAAAAUGUAUUUAUGUGAUAUUUGGAAUAAAUAAAUUCAUUUUA